UCGAGCGUACAGUGCUUCACCUGUUUUUGUUUAUAGUAGUUGGUCGCCUGUUUUUGUUAAAAUUUAAAAGUUAAUAUUUAUAGAUUGAAAAUAGAGAAUCAAAUAAAAUGUGGUACCUACUGGUAAAGUGAAGUGUAGUGUUAAUAUUCGUAGGUAUUUAAGAAAAACAAUAAGUUCAAGCACAGAUAAUAAUACUAGUUUCAAGUUUGACAUCAAGGUAUACGUCGAUAACAAUGCUGUGCUUGAUAUUAUUCUGCCUACUGACCAGCCUGACGGCAGAAUUGCUGGUGGUUGCAGCGAAGCCUUCCUGCCAAGCCAGUGCAGACAAUCCGAGGGACAUCGUAUGCACUCCAGGAACCAGCGAUUACCUCCUAGAAAGAGGACUCGUCUCAGAUAACAAUAGAACGACAAGAAUUACCCUCAGAGCGUGCAGAAUCACCGAUGUAGAUUUUGGGUCAUUCUCCGGUCUGCCAGCUCUAGAAUACUUGGACUUAUCACAGAACAAAAUUGUGUACCUCAAACUUGGAGUCUUGGAUGAAUUCACACAGCUCAAGUUUUUUAACCUCUCCCACAACCAGCUUACAGGUUUCCCUCUUGGAAUUUUCGAUCAGAAACCUAAUAUGGAAGUUUUAGAUUUGAAAGGAAAUAAGAUAACUGAAUUAGAACUAGGGAUAUUCGAUCUUAUGAAAAAGUUAAGGCACGUGGAUGUAUCCAGUAACGCUUUGCUGGGCAAAGAGAUAAAUUCCUACAUUUUUGAUCAGAGUACAAAAAUAAAAAUUAUGGACUUCUCGAGAAAUGACAUGUCAGAUUCGAAAUCGAUUCUACUGGAUGCCUUUGAGAUGUUAGAGUUUCUCAAUUUAGACAGGUGUCUAUUAACAGAGGUACCAGUGUUUGCCACGAAACCUAAUUUGAAGACGAUGAAACAUUUGAUACUAUCGACGAAUAAGAUAACAAGGCUUGACGAUAGAGCUCUUUUUAUUAACCUAGAAAACUUAGAAAUAUUAAAUCUUGUCGAUAAUGCUAUAGAACACAUCGCCGAUAAAGUUUUUAUGUCGCUAAAAAAACUGAAAUCUGUUUUACUGAGAGGGAAUAAACUGACUCAGAUCCCAGGUUCAUUAUUUCAGCAUCUACCAAAACUAAUAAGUGUUGAUUUAUCACACAACUUAAUAGAAUUUGUGCCUGUGAAUGCAUUUAGAGGAUCUCCUGUGAAGAAUCUCAAUUUGUCUGUUAACAGAUUUACAUAUUUGACUGAUAAUUUCUGCUUGGAGCUUAGAAAUUCAGGCGGAGGCAUGACAAAAUUUUAUUUUAACCAGAAUCCUUGGCAGUGUGCCUGUCUGAGAGAUAUUCUCGAUGAAGUCAAAAAAUUUGGAAUAAAGUACAACGGCGUUGGAUACGACGGAAGAACUCCAGUUUGUGUUAUAUCGAAUGAUUUCAACUGUAGAAGGCAACCUGAUGCCAAUGCUAAUUUUGUUGAUUUAUAUUAUGAGUUGAUUCGAAAAGAAUAAAUUAUAAUGGCUGUGAUUUUGAAGUCA